AUGUUCGGAAAAGAGCAAAGGCAGCGUAACCUGAACUAUGCAGAAACGCUUGAUAAACUGCUUGGCACUGAUGACAAGGGUAGAAUAACACAGAAUAUCGAUGCGAAUUUAAAAACAACACCUCAACAACGGCUGGAACGACCAGCAACAAGACAUGGUCGUCAAACGAUCGAAAAGCCAUCUGAUGCUGCGACAACCGCUUCAAGUGUUAUUGCAACGGUAUUCGCAUUCUUAACAUCAGCUUUUCACCAAUAA